AACAACAAAUAUCUAUUGCUCGAGACUCGAGUAAUUCUAAAGCAUUAUCGGCUAUCAACAGCUUGUGAGUGGACGUCUCCGUUUCUCUUCUUCAUUUUAUCGCUGAAGUUGGAUUUACUCGUACUUAAUAAAAGGUGUGUCUCCUCACGCAGUCACAAUGGGUGUCUCGGCAUUUUCAGGACGUUUAAUCUGUGUGCUUCUCGUGACAACACAAGUGUGUUUCUCCAAUCCUGUUACUCAGAUAAAGACGAAGACAGUACUCCCAUAUCCAGGAUGUCCUAGCUACUCCGUUGGUGAGGACGUAUACUCUAGCCACGUUGUUGCUUUGGACCGUUCUUUGACAUUCCAAGUCAAUCCCAGCCACCCAGCCGUUGUCUUCGACAUAACGGUCUCCUCUGAGAUGGUUUACCAGGCGGUAGUGGAAGGCGCCAGUCUCAGUUUUCAACAGUGCGAUUUGGAUCGAGAGCACUGCCAGGUUAUGCAAGAGGAAAUUGCAAAAGCAGCCAACUUACUCAACGCUAACCAGUGGAACAGAAUCAACGUCACCCUCGAAGGAACCACAAUCACAGUCUCUGUCAACCAGAAGAAAAGCCUCACGCAAACGCUCCAGUCUGUGGUCUGGGAAAAUCCCCAAAAAUCGAAAGGCGGGCAUGCGCACUCCAACGUAAAGGUGUCUCUCCUUUCAGCGCAGAUUUCCGGUUACUCUCUGCUUGUCAAUCUUUACUGUAAUGAGACCCACUCCCCUGAAAUCGAAGAGGUGACGAUGGAACCACGUGGUCCCGAAGUAGUUACUCAGCAGCCACAGCCAGAACCUUUCGAGACCUGUCCAGUCCAUCAAGUAACCGAAAGCCAACCCUUGGAAGGGAUUCAACUGGAAGAAAAACUCGUCAUGGCAGUUCUCCCAUCCACCCCUUCCAUUCAGAUAAAGGUGUCGUUCAGAAGCAAAUUAUAUCAGGCUACUAUCGAUGGGUCCAUGACAGAGGUCCAGAAAUGCAGCCCUGACGGGACUCAUUGCGACAUGGUCGAUGCCGGUGGUGUCAAGGGGUCGGACAGCCUCAUGGCCAACAAAUGGAACUACGUGACGGUGUCUCGCAACCAAGGACAGGUGACUUUUCAAGUCAACACACACUUUGACCUUAUGGGCAAAGGUAUGUCCUUCGGCCCAGAUGACGAGUACGCCGCAGUAUCCAUCCUAGCAACGGCAGGCAUCUCCGGCAAUUCUAGAGGGACUGACAGUGUCAUCAGAGUCAACAUUUACUGCGAUGACGCUGGCGAAACGACUACUAACAUUCACUUCACAGCUGCGCCCAUUGGAGAAACGACCGUCGCUCCAGAUGACGCUCGUGAUGACUCACACGUCUUGCGAGUCAUAGCCAUCAUCUUGGCGAUCAUCAUCGUCAUCCUGGUCAUCGCUCUGGUCUAUUACUGCUACACGACGAAGUGCAAGAAAGGCGGCGCCCAGUCUUCCUACCAGCUCCAGGAAGAUGCCCAACAACAACAUUAGUACAAGAAGUAACGAGGAAGGGUUGAACUUGAACUAUGAAUAGUUAAGCUAAUAAGAUUAACAAUAAUAAUAAUUAUGAUAAUAAUAAUGAUAACAAUAAAACUAUCUAUUUAGAAA